AUGGGCAGUGAAGAAGAACAAGGUGAGGCGUACUACGACCCACUGCAAGUACACAAAAGGUUUCGACAAGUUCAGUUUUUGAAGCGAUGUAGGGAGAGUGGCAAUCCGGAGGUGUUGUAUCGUGAGGGCUUGGUCAAUUACUUUCGAGAAACAUCGACUUCGGAUAUGCAAGCUUUGGCUCUUGAAGGCAUUAGGACUGCAGCGCUGAAAGGUCAUCAAGAUGCCAAGUACGCAUCAUCCAUCAUAUUGAUGGCCAGUGUUGAUGAAGAUGAGAGGUCUGUGGGCUUUGAAUUUUUUCGUGCGGUGGAUAAUGAGUGCCUUUUGAGGCACUGCAGACGACGUGUAAGACUUUUCAUCAGGUCCUUAUGGGUGCGCAGGGAGAUGGUUUAUCCCGGAAUACCCAUUUGCAAUCCCCGCAUAUGUGAAACGCGAUUCUCUGAGGAUGACCCUUCCUCAUCAGAGAACCAUGAGAUUAAUAACAUGCUUGGGAAUAAGAUCUGUCAAUGUUGCAAGGCAGAUUUUGAGAUCUACUUAUUUUGCAUAAUGACUAUACUCUAA